AUGUCGCUCUCAAAGCACGUUGACCCAGAUGAACUCAUCGCGUCUCUCCGCGAGCAUUCGCCAAAACACCGUCCAAAUCAACACCAACACAAGACAGCUACUCAUCACUAUGUAUAUGGCUCUCGGUACGCUGCAAGCCAAGAAAUCCCGAAAUUUCGGAUCCCCAAGACAGGCGCCGAUGCCAGUGUGGUUCACCAAAUCAUCAAAGAUGAAUUAGACCUUGAUGGACGUCCCAACCUCAAUCUGGCUUCUUUCGUGAACACAUAUAUGGAGCCGGAAUGCGAUAAGUUGAUCCUAGAAAAUAUCGCAAAGAAUUUGGCAGAUGCGGAUGAAUAUCCUGCUCUUAUGGCUAUCCACGCAAGGUGCAUUUCUAUGAUUUCGCACCUGUGGGGUAUUCCUAAGGGAGAGACUGCAAUUGGAACUGCAACGACUGGAAGUAGCGAGGCCAUUCACCUUGGCGGAUUGGCCAUGAAGAGGAGGUGGCAGGAUAGACGUAGGAAAGAAGGGAAAUCAACGGAAAAGCCUAAUAUUUUGAUGGGUGCUAAUGCACAAGUUGCUCUUGAGAAGUUUGCUCGCUAUUUCGAGGUUGAAGCCCGAAUCCUUCCAGUCAGCAAAGAGUCACACUGGUGUCUUGAUCCUAAAUUGGUUCGUCAAAACGUCGACGAGAAUACCAUUGGUGUCUUCGUGAUCCUUGGGUCAACAUACACUGGCCAUUUCGAGCCCGUCGAGGAGGUUUCUAAAGUUCUCGACGAGUAUGAAAAGGAUACAGGCAUCGCUAUUCCCAUCCAUGUCGAUGGUGCUUCCGGAGCCAUGGUUGCCCCAUUUACAGGCGCCCAAGGGAAGUGGGGGUUUGAACUCCCUAGAGUGCACUCCAUUAACACGUCUGGUCAUAAGUUCGGACUGGUAUAUGCUGGACUUGGCUGGAUUGUAUGGAGGAAUGAAGAAUAUCUCCCGAAAGAUCUCAUCUUUGAACUUCACUAUUUAGGUGGAACUGAACAAUCAUACACACUUAAUUUUUCGAGACCCGGUAACCAGGUUAUUGCACAAUAUUUCAACUUUAUCCACCUUGGUCGCGAGGGAUUUACAUCAGUUAUGCGGAACGCACUACAAAACGCACGAGUUCUCUCAAAGGCACUUGAAGCUAGUGGUUGGUAUGUCUGCUUGAGCGACAUUCAUCGAAAGAGAGGUUCAUGGGGAGAUGGAGGUACUGGAACGAAGAUUAUUGAUGGUGUGAAGGAUCUUGUAUUACAAGAGUCUGACCCAAGUCUUUAUAAUUCGGGUUUACCAGUUGUUGCAUUCAGGUUUAAUGAUGAGUUCCGUAAAACAUUCCCCCACAUCAAGCAGCAGAGUGUUUCAACACUCCUGAGAACGAAAGGAUAUAUCAUUCCAAACUACAACUUGCCCCCAAGUGUGGAAGAAAUCGAAAUUCUGAGGGUCGUAGUGCGAGAAAGCAUGUCUGCUGAUCUACUGGACCGGUUAAUUGCCGACAUUUUGGAAACAACUGAAACCUUAAUGAGUUGCGAUGCUGUGGAUUUAGAGAGUCUAGCUGCACCUAGAUCUGCUAGAAUCGAGAAACAGGUUCAAAGCAUGGGUAAACAUGGAAGACAUGGUAACAGAAUGACAUAA